AUGGUGUAUUACACUGCGGUUCACUUUCGCUGUAGAGCGCAGCUGGAGUAUGGGCAGAGAGUAGUUGUCGUAGGAGCCCAUGAACGACUAGGAAAUUGGGACAUCAAACGCAGCCAUAGCCUGGUGCAAAGCGAUACAGUUGAAGAUGUCUGGAACUCACUUUUCCCAGUAUACUUGCCUCUCAAGGAGCGUAUGACGUAUAAAUACGCUGUUUUAAAUGUAAAGGAUGAAUUCAUGCGUUGGAAUGAUGAAAUGGAGCGGUAUAUAGAGCCCACUGGAAACGAAAUGAUAAUCGAAGAUGAUGAUGGAUAUUACCGAUCCGAGUGUUCCACAUACUCAAACGAUGAAAAUAAAAAGACACUUAUGCCUUCAAACGUUUCUGAUGACGCUAAAGCUGAUCAGAAGUUCAAGUAUGAAUCGGAUCCAAAUAAAACGGUCUAUUUUGUAACAUCGCGAUUGCCCAUUCAAAUCUAUAGAAAGGGUGAUGGAGAAUUUGGUAUAAGGGACAGUAACACGCCGCUAACUGCUGCGUUGUGGCAACUUAGGAACAGGUACACAAGCAGAAUGAAGUUUGUAGGAUCAUGUUCCGUUACGCUUGCAACGGAAAAGGACCUUGAUUCACCUAAUUUUGGUGGUGUAGGUACUCCAGAAUUGAGAAGCAGGACAAGACGAAGUGAUUCUGCGGAUGGAGGUGCUAAACGUGACUCUCAACAUGAACAGGAUAACAAGAUUGAAUUUACUGAGGAGGAGCAAGAAAAGAUACGUCAACUUUUAGCAGAACAUGAUUGUAUUCCAGUGUUUAUACCAAAGCUAGACAUAAAGCACUCGUUGAAAUUUUGUAAAACAUACAUGUGGAACCUAUUUUAUAAUAUAGGACUGUGGGAUAUUGCAGAGCAAAAGGAAUUUGAUUGGGAACUGUGGCAAUCAUAUCUAAAAGUGAACAAACAGUACGCAUAUACAGCAGCACAGUGCAUAUCGGGAAAUGAUUCUAUUUGGGUACACGAUUAUAAGCUUUUAAUGGUUCCUCAUUUUAUAACAAGAAAGUGCAAAACUGCCAAUAUUGCAAUGUUUAUGCACGCUCUUUUUCCAUCAUACUCACUUUUUGCAUCAAUCGCUGUAAGGGAAGAAAUUUUGCGUAGUAUGCUUUGUUCUGAUUUGAUUGGGUUUCAUUACUUUGAGUUUGCUAGGCAAUUUUUAACGUCCUGCAAAAGAAUAUUGGGGUUAGACCACAGCUUCUCCGCAGGUGGAACUAUUGGAAUAGAAUAUAAUGGUCGUCAAGUAAUGGUCAGAAUGAGUCAUGCACAUAUACAACCAGACCUUUUGAUGGAGAAGAUUGGGCCAGGUACACCCGUCCCCGGACUUGUUAGAGAAAUUAAAGAAAAAUGGCCAAAUCGCUUCAUUGUUGCAUCUGUUGACAGAGAUACGAUACUUUCCGGGCUUAUACUCAAAUUCAGAGCCUUUAAGAGAUUCUUGCAGGAUUAUCCGAGUGCGCGUGGCAAGAUACUUUUGGUGCAGCAUAUUUGUACCUUGGAUACGUUAUGGGAGGGUAGACUUGAUGUGCUUUUUAAGCUAAAGGAUCUUGCAAAUUCAAUUAACGCGGAAUUUAACACGACACAUAUCAUAUUAAAUAGAAACAUCACAUAUGAGCAAAAAUAUGCGCUCUUUAUGGCAGCUGACUGCUUUAUGGAUACUUCUAUUCGCGGUGGUAUAAAUCUCUGUGCCUUUGAAUACAUUUUAUGUCGCAAAGGUAUGCCAGCAUGUGCAAUUGUGAGCGAAUUUACUGGAUUUAGCAAAACGCUACUAUCAGCCGUUAGGGUAAAUCCAUGGCAUAUAGAAAGGGUUAUGAGUGCUUUGGAUACUGCAAUGUCUCUAAGCUUAGAGGAUCGUAUGGAAAGUUGUAGCAGGGAUGUUGACUAUAUAGAAGGUAAUGAUACAAUCACUUGGGUUGAAGACCUCUUAAAGGAACUUUCAUAUGCUAGGAAGAAACAGGAUAUGUUCCAUUUAACUUGGGGUUUUGGGAGAACAUACAAGACAUGCUCAUUUUCAGCAAACUUUAAGCUUUUAGAUACAGAUUAUCUACUAAAGCACUUUGAGCAUGCACAGCGCCGUUUAAUCUUUUUGGAUUGUGAGGGUACACUAUCUUCAAGUUUGUCCGAUAUAUAUGCCAGGUCAACCAGGGAAAGGAAACAGCAAAUAAAAUUGCAUAGCGCACCCUUAGACGUAAAUUUAGAGAGUAUAAAAGAAUUGGCAGCCGAUAAACGUAAUGUCGUUGUUCUGAUUAGUUGCAGAGGUAGAAAAAUCAUGGAUUCAUGGUUUGGAGACAUAAAAAAUGUAGGUUUGUGUGCGGAACAUGGAUACAACUACAAACUCCCUGCCAUAACUGGGGACGAAUGGCAACACAUGCAGCAUUCUUCGUCGGGAGAAUGGAAAGAUGCCGCUACUCAGUUCCUCGGAGAAUAUGUGCAACGUACACCUGGUAGUUAUUUGGACGUUAUUGGGAGUGCAGUUAUAUUCCAGUACCAUCAUUCUGACACAGAAUUUGGUGCAAUACAAGCAAACGAAUUGUAUCCAGCUCUAAGUGAAGUAAUGACAGGAUUUCCAGUCGAAGUUCACAGGGGAAAGAGUCAUGUUGAAGUAAAAUUAAAGGGAAUAAAUAAGGGAAGUGCACUUUUACACGUUGUUAAGAAAUAUUCUGCCCUUUAUGGCGACUUUGAUUUUGUUUUAUGUGUUGGUGAUGACAGGUCAGAUGAAGAAAUGUACAAGGCCCUAAACACACUAUACACAUGGGUUUGUAACGCUAGACCAGAUCUAGGAAAAGGCCCUGAUGAGGUCCAUGACCAAACCACGCCAGUUGGACACUCUGAGAGUCAAUACAGCAUAAAACCAUUGGAUAUGCAUUCAGACCCUCAUCCACAAUCUCAGGGAAACGCAAAAUACAUUUCCUGUACCGUUGGAAAAAGACCAAGCAAGGCUCACUACUAUCUAAAUGACUAUCUAGAGGUCGCAGAGUUACUUUCGUCAAUGGCGAAAUGCUCUAAAUAA